AGUGAUACACAUUGCUACAGUGUGGUUUUUACUAUGUUUAUGAGCUGACUAGUACUAAAUAUACUGUAUUUCAAACAUAGAAAUGGAUAAAUUGGUUUAUAGGCCUAUGUGGCUCUGGUGUUUGCUGUCUGUCAGGGUGGGUGUGGUCUCCCAUGGCACCACAUUACAUCACAAUUGUGAUGUCAUAAAUGAUUGUAUUCUGAUAUGAUGACAGCCUAAAUGGUUUGACAUAGCGUUACUGUCACAUUACAGCAACACUUACAAGUUCAAUUCAGGGUCAAAAUCAUUUCUAUAUUUUGGAUGGUUAUUUUUGAAGUGAUUGGUGGUAAGUAGUUGUGACCACUUGUGAUUUAGUGUGAAAAGGCCUACUUUGUGACACAAUUUAAUUUAGAUGAUUUAAAUAAUAAUAUUUUGAAGCCAUAUUGUAUCUUUUUCAGGAUUACUGUAAUUGAAGGAACUAUGGGAAAGUUCUCCUUCCCAAGGAUCAUCAUAAGAAUGCCAUGGGCAAAGCGGACUGCACAGGACGAUUUCUGCACAGAAACUACUGAACUCCACAGGCCCAGAACACACCAGCCUCACAACUCCUCACAACUCCCCAGCCUUAAUGUGUGUAGGCAGGGCAAGGAGAACACCGAUUCAACCCAGAAGAAGAGGAAAAAGAAGAGACUAAAUGAGAAGGGAACCCAGGUUGAACUAGGCAUGCGGGAGGAUAUCCAUGACCUUGACCUCGCCCAUUGGAGAUUGGCUAGACAGACAUGGAGAACUGAGCGAGGAAACAUAAGGGAGAUUAAGGCGCUGUAUGGAGAAAUAUUUAGGCUGCACCAACUCUUGGAGGAGAUUGGGGUGGAUAAAGGGGUGAUCAAGCAGCGCUCCACCUCCUCCAUUCUUUGUCCCGUCUCCCCGACACUGCCAGCUUUCCCCUGGUACAACCUCCAUAGGUACCUCGCCAACAGCCAAUCGGAGCCUGACCAGCAUGCUGCCGGCACCCAGAAGGACCCAUCUAAGAAACACUCAAUCUUUCCCCCUCUGGACACACAGAGCUGCACCUCCCCUGAUAAAUGGCCUCCUUCUCAGUUCAAGACGUCACACCCACACGCUUCACACCGAUUUGCUGUCCCAUCCCACCCCCUGGCUUCCGGCCCUCCUGCCCGGAUGAGACAGACCCAUCCGCACGUCCACCCCAGGUCCUCAUUGACUGGCCAGGAAAAGGUUAAGGAUGAGGUCAACAGGCCAGAGAUUGCAUCGCCUGAGGAAUUGUCUGAGGAAGUUCAACGGAGAGGCGCAGAAAUUGCAAAUAUGUAUAAAGCACAGCUGAAAGAGAGGAUGGCCCAAAAGAGAAAGGAAGAGAUUCUGAAGAAAAGGGUAAACAACGAUGACAAGAACGAUGACACUGAGGCCUUCUGCUCCUCUGCAGUAAAACAAUCCAAUACCCCUGCCACAGCCCCCGAGCGCCCGGCCAGCCCAGACGCCACGCCAGUGGCCGCCCAAGAGGACACUCAGGGGGACACCCAGCAGGACCUGGCAGAGGUUGUGAAUGUGCUCAAGAGGCAAUCAUCUGAUCUAUACCUGCCUGACGACGUUUGUGAGGAGUCACUCACAUGGAAGUCCAUUUACGAGGAGCUGUGCCCGCUCGCUCACAGGGUGAACACAGAAGCUGACUACAUCAAGGAGCUCCGCGUCAUCACUGAGAAGGCUGUGACUCCCUCGUGCUCGUCUGAGGAUGAUGUGUCUCAGAGUGUGAGUGAGGUCACAAGUCAGGAGGGGAGUAGUGAAAGUGAGGAGAGCAUGAGUGGACAACAGCAGAGAUGUCUACACAGGGAAUCUUAUGGUGAGAGGGACAGGAAGGAGAUUGAUAGUGGUAAAAUGGAAGGGAGAUAUGCAACCGCCACUGCAUUGUCUAUGAUGGCAAGCCGAGGGAAAGAAGAACUUAAUGCCAUGAGCUACGCAGACAGGAUCAAAUAUUUCAAGGACGAGGCUAAGAGAAAUGAAGAGAUGAUGAAGAUUGAAAGGAGGAAGGAAAAAGCCAGGGACGAAGAGCUCAAAAAGUGUGAAAAGAGACAGAAGAAAUUGAAUGAGGAGGAAAGGAAAAGGACAGAAAAUAUGGAAAAAAACAAGUUAGAGGAGCAGAGGAAAAGGGAGAAGGCAGAGAUGAAACUAAAGAUCGAACAUGAGAAAAAGAGACAAGAGCAAGAGAAAAAAAGAGAGAAAAAAGAAAGAAAGAAGCAGGAGAUGCAACAGAAGGCCCGUGCAAAAGAAGAGAAAAAGAGGGCAGAGGAAGAGAAAAAGAUGGAGAAAAAGAGGGCAGAGAUGUUGAAAAAGAUUGAGAAACAGAGGAUGGAGGAGGAGAGGAACAGGGAAAAGGAGAGAAUGAAGGUGUUGGAGAUGCAGCAAAAGGCACGAGAGAAAGAAGAGAAGAGGAGUAAAGAGGAACAGAAAAGGAGAUUGAAGAUACAGCAGGAACAAGAGAAGCAGGAACAGAAAAGGCAGACAAGGAUACGGGACGAGGAGAAGAAGAGAGCAGAGCUUCAAAGAAUAAAAGAUCACGAGGCCAGGUUCAAGAUGGAGAUGGAGAAACUGUAUGAGAGAGAAGAGAGGAAUGCACAGAUUGAAAGAGAAAAGAGGCGUGCGCUGUGUCAGAAAAAAGGGCAGACACAGAGAGCAAAACAGGUGGUGGCAUACGAGGUCACAGCGUCUACAUCUGACGCCUCUGUGCGGAGGGAAGAGAGGGAGCAGCGUCCAGAGACCGCUCACGCACAGUCUGCGAAGAGGAGAACAAGGAAGAAGCAGAAGAAAGAGGCGGACGAGGCAUUGACAACUUUUGAGUAGAUGACAAAAGAAAAUACUAACAAAAAAAAUGAGACAAUAAGCAAAAGGAGGAAAAUAUUAUAAGGAAGCCAGGCAUGAGGGUGAAGAGGAGGAAACAUGAGAGAGGAGGAAGGGAGAACAGAGUGGUUUAUCAGGAGGUCAGUAGAAGAUACAGAAUUCAAGUUCUGAUGGACAGAAUCAGGAAGGACCAUGGGAUAAAAGGUCAAUGAGAUUAGCAGUAAAGAGCUGAGUGGAUCAAAAGAAAGUAAUGGAAAACACAAGGGGGAGGCAAGAUAAACAGAGACCCAGAAAAAAAGAGGUUAAAACAUUUUAUAAGAGUAAAAGAGAGGAGAUUGAACUAGAAUUCCGAUGGACAUAUG